GGGCGCCUGGGGCGGCCGCGGAGGGACAGUGGUGUCCUGUGCUGCUGGGGAGACCAGGCAUCCAGGGGAGCCGGCCCCGCCCGCGGCCCUGCCCUCAGCCUGGAAUCCCGCGGCCCAGCCUGCUCGCUCCAUUCCUGGGCAUCCAGUGGCUUUGAGGAAGGAGGCGGAAGUCCCUGACUGGCGAUGAGCGUGGAGACAGAAAGGAGGGACGCCAGCCUGAGAGGCUCACGUCAGCGUGGCCUUCCAGCGUGUUUGACCGGUUAGCUCUGAUGGACGCCUGUGUCACGGGCUGGCCCCGCCCCAGAGACGGGCCGCCUCCCCUAUAAAGCCUGCUGGGGUUCCCAGGCACCCAGGCUCAGCCCACCCUGACAUUGGGGCCAGGAGACAGCCAUGAUGCUCGACUGGAAGCUGCUGGGGAUCCUGCUGCUGUGCCUGUGCCCGGGAGGCAUCUCAGGCAGUGGAGACCACCCCUCUCCCCCACCCACAGAGGCUGGACAGGAGGAGGGCUCCCCAACAUUGCCUCAGGGUGCCCCCAUCCCCGGUGACCCCUGGCCAGGGGCACCCCCUAUCUUUGAGGACCCUCCACCUCCAGGCCCCAGUCAUCCCUUGAGAGACCCGCCUGAAUCUGGAGUCUGGCCGCCUAAGCCUCCUAGAACUGAUCCCCCUAAACCUCCCCGGCCUGACGACCCCUGGCCAGCAGGACCCCAGCCUCCAGAAAACCCCUGGCCUCCUGCCCCUGAGACGGACCACUGGCCUCAGGAGGAGCCAGACCAUGACCCGCCCCGGGAAGAGUACAGAUAGCCGGACCUCCCAGAGCCGCCCAAGCCCCCCUCUACCUUCUGCUUCCCCUGAACUAGCCCAACCCUUCCUCCCUCCCUCAGUUGUAGCUCAGGCAGGAGGUGCGCCCUCAGCAUUUCCUGUCCGCUCCUGAGAGCCAUACUGAGCGCCCACAUCCCCCUCUGUUUUCUCUGACAGCUAAGCACACACCCUGCUUCAGUCCAAUCCUCUUCUACCUGUCCUGGUCCCCUCACCGCUCGUGCUCUCUGCUGCCACCUGGUGGCUCAUACUAGAAACUGUCAGGAGGCAAUGGUGGUGCUU